AUGACCGCUCUAGAAGAGUUCCAGGAACGCGACAGCGGCUGGGCGUUGGUGCAAAUACUGAAUCUUACAGUGAAUGUGAACAAUCAUAAUCCGGGUGAUACUCUAUUGACCACAUAUUCCGCGUACGCAAGUGUAUUGAACUUUGAUGGAAUAGAGUUUCCAAUCACAUUGCACCAAGUCGCUCGUUUCGAACGCAACAACGUGUCCGUAAACGUGUUUACGGUGGCAGAACAGGGACACGGAUACGUGCCGCUGCACUUCACGUCAAACAAGAAGAACAAGUAUGUGAAUCUAUUGUAUGUUCCCGAUCAACAAGAUGAACACGUGGGACACUUCGCGUGGAUAAAAAAUUUAUUGCGUUUGGUUAGCUCGCAAUUGAGCAAAAAGAAGACAGCGAAGUACAUAUGCGACCGAUGUCUACACUACUUCCACACAAGCAAGAAGCUGGCAGAACACAUCGUGGACUGUGAACGAUUGAAUGACAGCGCAGUUGUUCUUUCCGCUGAGGGAAAGAACCGUUUGAGAUGUAAGAAUUAUAACAAGGAACGUGUUCCAAUGGUGGUACACGCCGACUUGGAGUGCGUACUCGAGAAACAAAACGAAGAGCAGAACGCAUCAAGUGCGCACAAGUACCAAAGACACAGUGUGUUCAGCAUCGGUUACUACGUGAACUGCGCGCACAUCAACAUCGGAUACCGAUCCUAUAGAGGUGAGAACUGUGUGCAGUGGUUCGUGAAUAAACUGCACAAUCUCGCAAAACGUGCAAAGACAUUGUUUGCAAAAAACGUGCCCAUAGCGAAUUCCACACCGUUGGAAAUAAAGCGGUUUGGGAACGCCAAAUAUUGCCACGUCUACGUUGUUCCCAUUGUGUUCUACAACUUGUCGGAGUACGAUGCGCAUUUUAUUAUCAAAGAUAUGGCCACCGCUUUCAAGGGUGAGAUCACCAUGCUAAGCUUAGAGAAGCUCGCAUCUUAUCUCGACAAGAGGGAACUGCGAGUGACUCGAAAGGAAUUCAAAGAUCUCUCCGCCGAGGACUUCGAACUGCUCACGCGAAAAGUUGUGUUUCCAUACGAAUAUGUGGACAGCAUCGACAAACUGUUGGAAACCAGUCUGCCACUGCAUGAAGCGGUUUACAAUUCGCUCACCGGUGAGACCGUGACAAAGAGCGAGUACGCGCACGCGACGAAUGUAUGGCGACGAUUCAACAUCGACAAUCUGGUAUCAUACAGCAAUCUAUAUCUGAAGACUAACGUACUUUUGCUGGCCGAUUACGCACGUUUGCACGACCCGUCCGCAUUGUCGACGUAUCUGAUGUACUACAACGUGAACAAUCUCUACGGAUGA